CCCCUAAAUGGAAACUUCUAUCUGCUCCUAGAAACUUCUAGUCUGUCCUGGAGUCUGCCUCCUCCUCAUACUGCUCAGAAUAGGGGGAGGGGCGGUAAGCUGGCUGUAAAUCUCCGGCCUUGCACAGCCUGUAUGCACAUUGUAUAGACAGACACACGGUUACUGCUGCUGAGAGACUGCCAGCAACUCAAAGAUAUCGUCACAGCUGUAGCGAGACUGCCAGCAAUUCGCAGAGACCGCCAGCAAUUCGCAGAGACCGUCACAGCUGGAGAGAGACUGCCAGCAACUCACAGAGACCGUGAGAGAAACUGAUACAAAGAGACAGUUGCACCUGGAGAGACACUACAACACUGUGCAACACACACAGACAACCGUUGCAGAAAUAAAGUCACACAAUGACUGCUGAAGAGCUCAAGGCGGAGGGACAGCAAACUGGUAAUAUGGAGGGGACAGAUAUCACACCCAAGGAGGAUCAGGGGGUGCUGAAGAUAAUCAAAAACGAAGGCACAGGUACUGAGUGCCCGAUGAUUGGGGAUAAAGUUACUGUGCAUUACACUGGCUGGCUGCAGGAUGGGUCAGUGUUUGAUUCCAGUAGGGACAAGAAGGAUAAAUUCUCAUUUGAUCUGGGAAAAGGUCAGGUAAUAAAAGCAUGGGACAUUGCUGUGGCAACCAUGAAGAUUGGGGAAAUUUGUCAGAUUACGUGCAAGCCAGAAUAUGCCUAUGGAGCUGCAGGAAGCCCUCCCAAAAUACCACCCAAUGCGGUGCUAAUCUUUGAGAUUGAAUUGUUUGACUUUCAUGGUGAGGACCUUACAGAAGAGGGAGAUGGUGGAAUCAUACGGAGGAUCAGAGUGAAAGGAGAGGGCUAUUCCAAGCCCAAUGAAGGAGCUGUGGUAGAAGUGAAGAUUCAAGGCUCACAUAAUGGUCGUGUUUUUGAUGAGAGGGAGUUGCAGUUUGAGGUGGGCGAAGGAGAGAGUUUUGGAAUCCCCCCAGGUGUGGAGACUGCAGUUCAACAGAUGGAAAAGGGAGAAGAGGCAAUAUUGUAUCUGAAGCCAAAUUACGGAUUUGGCAGUACUGGCUAUGAGAAAUUCCAAGUUCCACCUGGAGCAGACCUUGAAUAUGAAAUAAAACUAAAAAGCUUUGAAAAGGCGAAAGAAUCAUGGGAGAUGAAUGCAGAGGAGAAAUUGGAGCAGGGAGGACUGGUGAAGGAACGUGGGACCCAGUAUUUCAAGGCUGGACGGUAUCGCCAGGCUAUUAUCCAAUACAAGAAGAUCAUUAGUUGGUUGGAGCAUGAGUCUGGACUUCAGCAAGAAGAGAGUGAUAAGGCAAAGGCCCUUCUACUGGCUGCCUCACUUAACUUAGCUGCAUGUUACCUUAAAUUAGGGGAGCAUCGAGGUGCUCUGGAACACUGCAACAAGGCAUUAGAAAUGGAUCCCAACAAUGAGAAAGGUCUCUUCCGACGGGGUGAGGCUUACUUUGGGAUAAAUGAGCCAGAGCUUGCAAAGGAUGACUUUUCAAAAGUGGUGCAAUUAUAUCCGGGCAACAAAGCAGCACGAGCUCACAUUGGGCAGUGUCAGGUUCGCAUUCGACAGCAGCAAGAACGAGAGCGAAAGAUCUAUGCCAACAUGUUUCAGAGGUUGGCAGAAAAAGAGAACAAGGAGGAACCUGCAGCUGUUUCUCAGGACAAAGUGGCACAGAGUGAUGUAGAAAUGAGUGAAGCGACAACUUCCAGUGAGAACCCUGAACAGAAAGAAGAAGAAGAAGAAGCAGCAGAGAGUAUGGCCACUGAUGCAUAGAAAAGAUUGAACUUCUCCCUUUUAUAUUACGAGAUGGAAAGCUUGCAAUAUUUUCAGGGAUAGAUGGGACACUGUUAUGGGGUAUGAGUACCUUGUGCUUUCAGACCCUAGUUGCACAGUUUGUGGUGGCAACGUUCUGGAUUUUUUUAUUUUCAUUCCAGCCUCUUCACACAUUGUGUCUUGGGAUUAAUCUUCUGACAGAGGACAGAACUAUUCUCAUUUGUCGUUUGGCAAGCAUUACCAGAUUCCCACUGGUCCUCCUCUCUGAAAUCUGCAGGUUGUGGUAUGCUAUUAUUCUGCUAUUACUCUUCAGUACACAAAUUCCUGGGGCACUUAUUGUGGACAGCAGUUUGGCAGAAAUUCUUAACAAAACUUGAAUUACAUGGUUAUUUAAGGAGGGUGUGUCAUGAUUGUGUGGGUUUUUUUUUUUUUUAAAUCUUUUUAUCAUCACUUGAUAUGGUUUCUAUUUAUACCCUCCACCUCUGUCUCUUUCCAUCUUUUAUUUUGUUGCAAAUGUGUCUAAUUCCUGUAAAUUUAAAAUAAAUGAGGAAGUAAUUUUCA